UUUUCUAGGACGAAAUGUGGCCCUCCGAUCUUCUCAAGUGAAGUCAACCGUAGGUCUCCACUUAGCUACCUCUUAUGUUGAAUUUCUGCCAAGGACUCUCUUGAAAAUUUCUGAACUUCCUCAACCGGGCGACGGACUCCGGCGCCGCGGGGCAAAGCGAACUAGCGAAGGGAAACGGCGACGGGCUCCGGUGACACGUGGCUCUGCGAGGGCUCCGGCGACGAGGGCGUGGCUCAGGGAGGGGAGACGAGCGGCUUCACCAUCUUCAGUAGUGAAGGCGCCCGGCGGCCCGGCGUUACAACUUACAGACGCGGGGGUUCCUGCAGGCUGCAGCCAAGUCUCGCGAGCCGGCGACCCUCCUCUUCCUCCUCGCCGCGCCCGCCUCCUUGGCUCCCCGCUCACCACCACGCUCCAGCCACCUCCACCGCCGGAUCCCACCUCUGUCCUCCCCAGCUUGUCACCGUCGAGCGCCCCCUUCCUCCCCAGCAGCUCGUCAACUCUUGGAAUGAGAAUCCCUCCAUUAGGCAUUCAUGUUGAUCCUGACACCCCUCCUGGGAGGAAAGCAUCAGAGAUUACAACUAGUCCGCCCGUGAACGGUGAAAAGAGUAUAUUUCGGGAACAGAUUGGAGGAUACAGUGCACUUGCUAGUCCCCUGAGGAGAGAAGUUGGGAACAGAUCUAUGGCGAGGUCCUUCUCUGUUGAUGACACUGACUUGGAAGAUGCUAAGGCCUCAAAAGAUAGAGAUAGGCCUUCACACUUUCUCAGGCUCCCAAACAUUCAGAAUCAUUCUCACUUCCUCAGGCUCCCAGACAUCCAGAACCAGUCUCUUCUAUCUGGUCUUGCUUAUUGCAUAGCAUCCUGCAGCAUGAUUUUAGUUAAUAAGUUUGUUUUGUCCGGCUAUGGUUUCAAUGCUGGAAUAUUUCUGAUGCUUUACCAGAACAUUGUAUCAGUGACCAUAGUUUCAACACUGUCCCUCUCUGGUGUUAUUCGAACUGAACCAUUAACAUGGAGGUUAAUCAAAGUUUGGUUGCCUGUGAACAUCAUAUUUGUUGGAAUGCUAACAACAAGCAUGUUUAGUUUGAAGUACAUCAAUGUUGCGAUGUUGACUAUAUUGAAGAAUGUUGCCAAUGUUCUUACUGCUUCUGGGGAAACCUACUUCUUUAAGAAGCAGCAUGAUAGCCAAGUUUGGAUUUCUCUCAUGUUGAUGAUAAUAUCAGCCGUUGCAGGAGGAAUUACAGAUCUCUCAUUUCAUGCAGUUGGAUAUACAUGGCAGAUAAUAAACUGUUUCUUAACAGCAUCGUACUCGCUUACAUUGCGGCAUGUAAUGGACAGUGCUAAGGAAGCCACCAGAUCUGGGAAUUUGAACGAGCUUUCAAUGGUUUUACUGAAUAACGUUCUUUCACUACCACUGGGAAUUAUCCUUGUACUUGGUUUUAAUGAAGUGGAGUACCUGUUGGAAACGCCUCUCCUGAGGAUGCCUAUGUUUUGGCUAGUCAUCACUGCUAGUGGAGUUUUGGGGCUUGCUAUCAGCUUUACAUCGAUGUGGUUUCUUCGUCAGACAAGCGCAACAACAUAUAGCCUUGUGGGCUCCCUCAACAAGAUCCCUCUCUCUAUUGCCGGAAUCCUUCUCUUCAAAGUCCGCACAAGCAUGGAGAAUUCCAUGAGCAUUCUGUUCGGUCUAUUGGCAGGAGUAUUUUUCGCCAGGGCAAAAUUGCGCAGUAACUCCCAGUCCUAGCUAUUAUUUGUAGGUGCUAGAAGGCAGGAUUCCGCCCAUCAUCAAAAAGUAGGUUGCUCCCUCAAAUUAUGCUCUGGGAAAUUUGUGCAGAUGUGUGGUCAUUUCCCAGUUUUUUUUUGGCAACGCAAGAGACAGCAUGACGUUAGUUAGCCUGGGGCUCCCUUGUUUUUCUUUCUUGAGUCCCUUGCUGCUCCUGUGUUGUUGGUGGUAUACAUCUCCAUUGUUUAAUGUAAGAAGAUACAAAGUCAGAUACUGCUAAAAUCCUAGGCACUUGGGGAUAUACUCCCUCUGUCCCAUAAUUCUUGUCGUUGUUUUAGUACAAAAUUGAACUAAAAUAGCGACAAUAAUUAUGGAACGGAGUGAGUAGAACAUAUGGUCUGGUGAAUACAAGUAAACCGCACAUGUAUUUGAGGGGUGAUUCUUUGGUUGGCGAUUCCCCUCUUCUGAAACCUCAGCUUUGUAUGUAUACUUUGCAUCGGCAAACGCUGCCCAAACAAAGAAAAACUCUGAUCUGUGGAAAGUUGCUCAUGA